CGUGCUGCUGCCAUAGUCACAAAGUCAGUACUCCACCUGCUCCAAACACUCAUCUAAAGCAGAAACCUGAUGGAGGCUGCAGUUCUGAGAGGCAACCUGGUCCGGAAGGUGGACUUGAACAGCAACCUGAUGAGCAGCGACGUGCAGGUGAGGAGGCUCCAGGAGCUCGUCCUCAGGCUGGAGUUCCACAACGAGCAGCUGCGGACGCGGGCGGGCGCCGGGGCUCGCUGCUCCUGUGCGGCGUCUUCAUGCCGGUUGUCCUCCCUGACGCCGAAAGGAACACAUGGAGGACGUGUGUCGUCCGGCCUCGACGAGGUGGAGCUUUUGGACUUGGAUGGUCUUGGACCUCGAGAUGAUGAAACAUGGUUGUACGUGUCGCCCAAAGAGUCCCGAAUGAAGAGCUCCAUAACGCCCCUGCAGUGGUGCCGGCAUGUGCUGAACUCUCCAGAAUGGGAGGUGAUAAGGCGUUCAUUGUGCCUCAGGCUCAAGUCAGCAUCCACAGCUUCCUGUUGGCGCAGAACCCUAUCCAGCCCCUGCCCUGCCUCUCCCUCUCCCCCUCCACCUCUGAGCAGAGCUGCAGGUGUAUCACCCAUUGGCACGUCCUGCUCCACCUUUAGGUCAUCUGAGUUGCAAGCGUCUUCACCGCGCCGCCGUCAGAGUCCCGUUGCUAAGACAAGGACUCCCACCUUCAUCCCCCACCUCACCCGAGGCAGCAGCCUGCAGAGCCGGAGCCCCCGUCCACGGGUGGACUCUGACCCCACCCCUCCAAGGGUGGAGGACGACGACGACGACUCGGUCACUCACAGCUACAAACUGAUGGACAUAACCGACGUGCAGGUGGUGGCACGGCUGCAGGAGGAGAGACUCAGGCAGGACUACGCCAGUGCGUCGUUCACACUGGCCAACCGACGCAGCCAGAGCGUCACCUUCCCACUCAGCGUUCGCCCCGACCUGGAGGAGGAGGAGGAGGGAGGCGAGGGGGACGACGAAGAUUUCGGUCCCCUGCCGCCCCAGCUCAGCGUCUCCCCGCCGUCCCACGGCCGCACUUUCUCCAGCGCCCGAGACCGGCAAAGAAGCAGCAGCUUGCGGUCCACCCCUCCUUCCGUCCCGCCUCGCCUCGCCGCAGGGUUCACCUACCAAACGCCGCCGCCGUCUUCCAGUCCGGGAGCAGAUAAGAUGCGGGGGAGCUUACCUAACCUCGCUGGCGCUCCAAGUAAUCCCCGACUUCCCAGCGCCUCCUCGCUUCGUAACAGCCAGAGCUUUGAUUCUCCCGAGGGUUUGACUCUCCUGCAGUCUAACAUGGCAUCCCCCGGCCCGCUGCACACCAGGGCCCAGAGUGAGUCUCCGUCGCCACGGCAACAACCAAAGUCCACCGCCUACAUCAGCCCCACCAUCAAGGGCUCGGCCUCCGUGCCCACCUCGCUGUCGUCGGGCGGCAUCAGCGGGAUCCCGACGCUCAGUAAAUCAUCGUCCUUCUGUGUGUCGGCAUCACUCCGCAGCAUCCUGUCCCCGCCUGCUUACUGCGAUAAAACCGGAAGCCACACCCCCGCUGGCAAGGUGGUCCAAUCAUCAUGCAGUUUACUAACACCUCCAAAGAGCUUGUCGGCCUUCAGCAACGUGCGUGACCGCGCAUGGAGGGACAGCCGCUACUGACGGAAAUUGAUUUAAUGACAACUGAUUCAGGUUCGUGUCAAAAGGGUGUCUGUCGUCCUUGCUGCUUUUGUGCAAGGAAACACAAUUUUAAAUAACUAUUGAGAGAUUUAUAAUAAAGAGCAAUGAUUAAGUUUUGUGCCAAAAAUGCUGCUAAAAUCUAAAGUCUGUGUGGGCACUUGAACAUCCUGUGUGAGUCUGGUUUAAAUGUAUUAAGUACACGGAAGUGAUUUCUAAAUUAUUUGACUUGUUUCACUGUUAAACACUUAUUGUUGCACGUUAAACACAACCGACACCUUGUCUGUCUGUUUGCUUAAGUUUACACUUGGAACGUCACAGUCACGCAAUUUUGUUUACCGUUAAUGCACACUUUUGUCUAACUGUUUGAAAAUGAUGCAUUUAUUAAAAUGAUUGUUUAAUCUUAA